GGCGGAGGAGCGGAUACGGGUACUUCUUGUGGCCCAACCUCUUCCGGUCCUCUUUCCAGCUUCCCGUGCAACAUGACCAAGAAAAGGAGGAAUAACGGUCGUGCCAAGAAGGGCCGUGGGCACGUGCAGCCAAUCCGCUGCACCAACUGCGCCCGCUGUGUGCCCAAAGACAAGGCCAUCAAGAAGUUUGUGAUCAGGAACAUUGUGGAGGCGGCUGCUGUGAGGGACAUCACUGAGGCCAGCGUCUUUGAGUCCUAUGGCCUACCCAAGCUGUAUGUGAAGCUGCACUACUGUGUCAGCUGUGCCAUCCACAGUAAAGUGGUGAGGAACCGCUCGUGUGAGGCCCGUAAAGACAGGACCCCUCCACCCAGGUUCAGGCCCGCGGCUGGUGCAGCAAGAGCUCCUCCCAAACCGAUGUAAAGCAGAAUUUGAUGUAUGCCUGAAUAAAAUCUUUUUGAAAACA